AUGGUCCACAUAAAAUCAAACACGCUCGGCACGUCGCCGUCCGCCGGGUGGAACCUGAACGCACAGCGACAAGGCAUCACCGAGCUGCUGGAGGCCGACGUGGCCGUGCUGCAGCUCACGCUCAUGGAGCUGGAGCAGAUUCUGCGGCAGCUGCUGACCGUCGCUCUGCCCAACCCACGGAUCCGGGAGAUGUACAAGUUUGCGGCGCUGGUGACGGCGCUGACGCAGAUCCUGCCGCUGAGCUCCGGGCUGCUGUGCUCCGAGUACACGCUCUUCGUGCAGAAGUGCUGCAGUAGGGAGCGCGUGCUAUUCUCGAGUGCGCAGCUGAGCGUGGUCGUGACGUUCUUUCUAAACUCCAUCAAGUCGUGUCCAAGCUGGUACACAGCCAGCUCGAUCCGCGCGCUGGUCCAGGUGCUGCACGACAACGCGGACCGCGCCAGCGGCGAGUUUGAGCUGCUGUUCGCCGUGCUGCUCAAGCACCUGGACCCGGCGGGCGUGGACAUCGAAGCGCGCUACGCUGCCACGAGCUGCGUGUCGAACAUCUGCACGCAACCCCUACUUUUCGCCGUUAGGUGGUGGAGAACUUUUGGCAGCAAGCGCAGACCUGCUCCUCACCCGUAA